CGUGAAUGGGGACCUAUUGCAAAACAGCGUCUUGCAGAUCGCUCAGCUGUCAACAGUCCCCUCGACUGCUUGCUCAGGGAGACAAGAUUAUCGGUCGCCGUUCAGAUUUUUGAAUAAAAAAAUAAAUAUAAAAACAUAGUUAUUUCUCUACAAUUGUUCACUAAUGCGAUGAAAACGCCACGAAGACAUUGUGAUAUUUAGGUUUGGAAAAAAUAAGAGACGAUGCCUGGUGAAACGCCGCCGCUCCACCAGUGCGCCUCUAUUGCAGGCUAUCUGAAAACCAUAACCAUAGAGAUAUGAUGCCGGACUUCAGCGUCGUAUGCAGCGCCGUGAUUGUCCUGUUCGGAGCGGUUUGCAGCGUUUUCAUAUUCUGUGAGUAUCUGAUUUAUUACGCCGCGAUAUUACAAUGUGGUUGGCCAGGGAUCGACCAUGGUGCGCCGGCGGCUGAGAAGAGCGCAGACGGGCAACCACAUGCGGAGGUUCUCCGCGCUAUGGUGCUUUCAGACACGCACCUCCUCGGCGCUGUCGGAGGGCACUGGUUCGACAAACUGCGAAGGGAAUGGCAGAUGGAACAGGCUUUCCAGACCGCGCUGGCACUACUCCGACCCGAAGUCGUUUUUAUUCUGGGAGAUGUGUUCGAUGAAGGGAAGUGGAGCUCUCCAAAGAACUGGGAGGAUGAUGUUUGUCGUUUCCAGAAGAUGUUCAGACAUCCCAGUGACACAGAGCUGGUAGUUCUGGUUGGAAACCACGACAUCGGCUUCCACUACGAAAUGGACUGGUUCAAGUUACAGCGUUUUGAGAAGGCCUUCAAUACCACCUCCACCAGAAUGGUCACCAAGAAAGGAGUGAACUUCCUAUUGGUUAACAGCGUGGCGUUGCAUGGUGACGGCUGUCCUAUCUGCCAAUCAGUGGAGAAACAGCUGUACACACUGUCCAGGAACCUCAACUGUUCAUUACUACAGAAUUCCCAGUCCAGCAUUAUUAAAGAAUUCUGUCGAGACGCAUGGACCUAUCCUCCGACACCACCCAUUAUCCUGCAGCAUUACCCUCUGUACCGGGUGAGUGAUGCGGGCUGUACGGGUCAGGAUGCUGCUCCUCCUGAAGAGCGCCACCUGCUGUUUAGAGAGAAGUACGACGUGCUGUCUCAGGAGGCCUCUCACAGGCUGUUGCAAUGGUUUAAGCCCCGCCUGGUUCUCAGUGGCCACACCCACAGCGGCUGUCAGGUUCUCCAUGACAACCGGUACACAGAGAUCAGUGUUCCGUCCUUCAACUGGAGGAACCGCAACAACCCCAGUUUCAUCCUGGGUUCUUUCUCUCCAAGCGGUUACGGCCUGUCGAAGUGUUUCCUUCCAGAGGAGAGUACGGUGAUAGCUCUGUACUGUUCUACCGGAGCCAGCCUCCUCCUCCUCCCUCUGGUUCACUGCCUGUGGAUAAGAGGCCUUCUCCGGUGCCUCAACUUCUGUCCCAUCAGCAAACACAAGUCUCUCUGAUCUUCUCAGGUAGAGGUUGUCCC